CAGCGCAGUAGCCAAGCCAGUCGUCAGUCAGGAAAUCGUUUGCUUCCCCGUCACCUCCGCCUUCUCGACUUCUCCACCAACUCGCAAGCCGCGACUCUGCCGGCCAUGGCGGCGGCGGCAGCGCAGAGGCUCCUCGCGGCGAGCACGAAGAUCGUGGGCGUCGGGCGAAACUACAUCGCCCACGCCAAGGAGCUCGGCAACCCUGUCCCCAAGGAGCCCGUGCUGUUCCUGAAGCCGACCUCGUCGUUCCUCCACGCCGGCGUGGCCACCGCCGCCGUCGAGGUGCCCGAGCCGCUCGAGUCGCUGCACCACGAGGUCGAGCUCGCUGUCGUCAUCUCCCGGCGCGCGCGCGACGUCCCCGAGGCAUCCGCCAUGGACUUCGUCGGAGGUUAUGCACUUGCUUUGGACAUGACAGCAAGGGAUCUUCAAUCCGCUGCUAAGUCUGCAGGUCUUCCAUGGACUUUGGCUAAAGGACAGGACACUUUCACUCCAAUUAGUGCAGUGGUUCCAAAAUCGGCUGUCACUAAUCCCGAUGAUCUAGAGCUCUGGCUAAAGGUAGAUGAUGAACUAAGGCAGAAGGGAUCAACAAGUGACAUGAUAUUCAAGAUUCCUUUUCUAAUCAGUUAUAUCAGUUCCAUCAUGACAUUAAUGGAGGGUGAUGUGAUACUAACAGGCACCCCUGAGGGUGUAGGUCCUGUCCGAGUAGGUCAGAAGAUCAAAGCUGGUAUAACUGACCUUAUUGAUGUCGAGUUUGAUGUUCAGAGGCGCAGCCGGUCAUUUUCUACCUGAUGCAAGAAUCAAGAGACUGAAGGUGAAUACAGAGCGCAGUCCUCAACAAUGAAUCGCUUUCCUGGAGCAACUGCAGAUCGUUCUUGAGCCUUCUUGUUUCUAUGAUAUGGUUUAUUUAUGUUGGGAUUGGGCAGACUAGCUAUGACUCUGUGAACUUGUUGCCUCGUGUAUUUUUCUCCCCGUUGAUGGAGUUGUAAGCUCUCUCUUUCUGCAAUAAAUAAUAUUUUUUAACCAAA